AUGCCCCUCACUCAAAUUGAUAGAUCAGCGAAAAAGUUUCACAAGUCUAAGAAUCCCAAAAAUGGAAAGGAAUAUUCAAAACGAGACUAUCAGGAUGGCAAAGAACUAGACGAUAGACUACCAGUUAAGAAACUUAGAAAGGAGAGCGCAGAGACAGCGUCCCAAAAUAAAGAUGACAAGAUAAACAAAGAAGAAGAGCAUGGAACAGAAAAGAUGUAUGAUUCCAACUCAGAAGGUGAUGGUAAUACUAAGGAAGAAGUUGAGGCACCUAAAACCUUCGAAGAACUGGGCGUGAUUGAAAUAAUUAGAGAGGCAUGCGAAGCAAUGAACUUCAAAAAGCCUACUCCUAUUCAAACACAAGCAAUUCCAUAUGCUUUAGAAGGAAGAGAUGUUAUGGGGUUUGCCGCGACUGGCAGCGGCAAAACUGCUGCAUUUGCGAUUCCUGUAUUACAGUCUCUCUAUCAGCAGCCGUCGCCUCUGUUUUGUUGCGUCCUGGUGCCCACACGUGAAUUAGCCCAUCAGAUUUCUGAACAGUUUCAGGCUCUAGGUAGUUCUAUGGGGGUAAGAUGUGCAGUCAUCAUUGGUGGUGAAGACACUAUGCAACAAAGUUUGGCCCUUAGUAAGAAGCCUCAUAUUAUCGUAGCCACCCCUGGUCGUUUGUUGGAUCACUUGGAGAAGACAAAGGGCUUCAAUCUCAGAAGUCUGAAAUUUCUUGUUCUUGAUGAAGCAGAUCGUCUACUUGAUAUGGAUUUUAAAGAGCCUAUUACUAAAAUUCUUAAUGUCAUCCCGAAGGAAAGAAGGACUUUCCUUUUUUCUGCUACACCCUCCAAAGAAGUCGAACAGUUACAACGUGCUUCGCUAUCCAAUCCAGUGAGAGUAUCUGUGUCAAACAGGAUAACUACUGUAGAGACUCUUCUUGAAUAUUAUGUCUUCUUGCCCUUAAAACAUAAGGAUGCGACAUUGGUCUACUUGCUGAAUGAGUUUGCUGGAAAAUCAGUUAUUGUUUUUGUCAACACAAAAGACGAAGGUACCAGAAUUCCUAUGGUACUUGAUUCUCUGAACUUCUCAGCCAUCCCCAUUAAUGGUAACAUGACACAGUCGGCUAGAUUGGGAGCUCUCAACAAGUUUCGAGCUGGUGCAAAAAAUAUUCUUGUGGCCACUAAUGUUGCAGCACGUGGUCUCGAUAUCCCUUCAGUCGAUGUAGUAAUUAACUAUUCUGUUCCUGAUAAUGCUGCAGAGUAUGUUCAUCGUGUAGGACGUACCGCCCGUGCUGGUCGUUCGGGUAAGGCCAUUACAUUUGCUGCUCAAUACGACGUUAUGAGAUACACCACAAUUGAGAAGGAAGUUCAUGGAGACAAAAAAUUACCAGCAUAUGAGAUUGACAAAGAAGCUGUAAUGUUAUUGAUGAGCACUAUUGACGAGGCUCAACGUCAAGCUAAGAUCCGCAUGAGCCAAAUUCACCAGAAAGCCAAAGAGAAGGGCCGAGGUAACUUCAAGCGCAAGAGAGGCGAUGAUAGAGAUAUUGGACACCAGUAA